AUAACGUUACACCUUCGAAAACGACACUCUCCUUCUACUUUGUGGGUGGGGGUGGUGGCCUAAAUAUGCAUGUUAAAUGAGUAGGUACCAAGUUGUAUUUUCACCAUGUAUUUCAAAACACUAUUGGCUACUCUCUUUUUGGUUCAUGCUGUUGUGGCAGAACUGAACUGUUACAAAUGCGACAGCUCAAAGGGUGACACUAACUGCAAGGGUUGGUUGGGAGUUGGGGAUGAAGCAUGCGAAAUUCCACCUUCGACUGUAUCGUCAGUGUGCCUUGAAUAUGCGGAAAUUGUGAACGAUGUGACAAGAUAUGUAAGAGAGUGCUCCGUUAGGGAAGAUAAUGUGUCACCUUGCGUGAGAAUGAAAGAUAACGGCCGAAACCUUCUCACGUGUAGCGAUUGUAGGUAUGAUAAUUGUAACAAAUCUAUUUUUUAAAAAAAGGACUGUUGUCAAAUUGAUAGGAUUAAUUGAACUAUGUGCACAUUUAAGGAAAUGUAAUAAGUUUAAAUAAAAUUUUGUAUGAAAUGGC